CCAAAUUUCAAGAGUUUUCGAGUAUGUUAAAGGUCCCAUAUGGUCAAAACUGAAAUUUUGUGGCUUUUUUCAUGAUAACUGAGGUCUAGGGGCUAUGUAAGUACCAUAUAAGUUUCAAAAUAGUCAUUUAAGGUUCAAAUGUGCAUGGCCUGCUUGAAGUUGCUGUGAGUUAAAACGUCUCGUUUGUACUUCCGUAAAAUUGCUACGUCACCGAGUCACAGUCGCCGCCUUCAGUCUCCACCCCGAACACAGUCCACCGCCCCACCCCCUUUCUGUCAAAGAAACACCCAAGAGAGAAGAACAAACCGUAGAGUAAGGCGAGGAGGAAUAUCGCACCAUGUCAAGAAAACGCUGUUCAAUCGAGGGAUGUUUUGCAAACAAAUCAUUGCACAAGCUUCCGAAAAACGUGAAUAUACGAGACCAGUGGCUAAUGUUCAUUUUUUCGGAAAUUCCGCAAAACUUCAGUUCAACAAUAUCCGUCUGUUCCAAACAUUUCUCAAGUGACUGCUUCGUCAAUCUGGCCCAGUUUAAUGCGGGUUUCUGCAAGACUCUCCUGAUCAAAGCUGAUGCAGUCCCUACUUUGUUGGGUCCGACUUCAAAUCCACAACCCGUAAGUAAACUUUAUACACAUUUUAAAUUAUAUUAUGUAGCAGAGAAAAACGAAAUUCUAUAUAAGAAACAAUUAUGCAACCCUAACGUGAUGCUAACGUGAUGCUAACGCGAUGCUUCGUAAUUUUACAGUCUAUGGUAGCCACAACUUUUUAUAUAAUAUGGUGAAAGUUACAAACACCGUCGCUGUUGGUGUCUUUCGUUUUUGGGUUAAACACGUGAGGUUCAGUCAUCUCAGUCUCCGUGUUUGUGUUUUACUAACAUUUAGUACUUCCAUGGGUUACUGUAUUUCAACUGUUGGACAGAUUGAUGUAGGAGAUGUAGGGGAGGGUUUUAUGUGUGUAUGAAUGUAUUUAUUUAUAUAGCUUAUUUGUUUUGUUUUCAAAAAUCAAAGUGAUUUAUUUUUAUUUUUAGGGUAUCUCACAAGAUUCUCAAACGACCAUCACCACCACGACCAUCACCCACAAACAUGCAAGCACCCAAACUGACCCCCCACUAAGGAAAACAGUUGGCACACAGCUUUCACUUGGAACACUAGCAGAACAUGUGAGAAGCAAAGCCACACAGACAGACACCUUUUUUAGGUGAAAUGCCACUAUUCUCAACACCAUUGAAGGGGAACGUGAGUGGUGUCCUGGGUCCAAGACCAGCAAAGAGACCACGCCUUGAGGAGGAUGAAGAGGAGGACACAUCAAUUGAUAUUCCUGAGCCUCAUGACUCCACAUACAAUCCAGAAGAUUCUGUGACUCACAGGUGUUACCCACAAAUGGAUACAGCGACACCAAGUACAUUGUUUAUGGAAGCUGCCUCUUUGAGCUUUUUGAGACCUGUCCUGUGUGCCAAAGAGUUUGUGAUGUCACCCCCCUAAGACGUGGAACUUUCUUGGCCAUAGACCAACUGUGCCCGCACUGCCAGUACUCCAGAAAAUGGAAGACCCAGCCUGUCUUUGGAAGCAACCCUGCAGGGAACUUGCAGUUGUCAGCUGCCAUAUAUUUUAGUGGUGCAUCUUUUAUUCAGAUUGAAAAGAUUUUCAAUGCGAUGCAUAUAGCGUUGUUUAAAUACGACACUUUUAGAAGACAUGCCCGGAUGUACCUGGAACCAACCAUUAUCCAUAAAUGGGGGACGGACCAGGAGACACUUCUGCAGCGUCUGAGCCAACAUGACAAGGCCAUAAUUGGAGGUGAUAUGAGGGCGGACUCACCAGGACACUCUGCAAAGUACGGAAGCUACAGUGUGAUGAACAUUCGGGAAAAAACGAUAAUUGAUAUUCAAUUGGUGCAGAGUAACGAAGUUGGUGGUAGCUACCAUAUGGAACUGGAGGGCCUGAAAAGGAACCUUGCAAUGCUGGCAGCACGUGGUAUCGAGUUGGACUACAUUGUCACUGACCGUCACCCACAAAUACAAAAAUAUCUCAAAGACAACAAUAUCAAACAGUUUUAUGAUAUCUGGCAUCUGGAAAAAGGCUUGUCAAAGAAACUGGACAAGAUUGCAAAAGAGAAAGACUGUCAAGAGGUGAGAAAAUGGCAGCGUAGUAUCAAGAACCACGUAUACUGGACUGCAACAUCCAAGAACCACGUAUACUGGACUGCAACAUCAUCCACCUCUGGACAGAGAAAGUGGCAAAGUGGAAGUCACUCUUCAACCACCUGCAAGACAUCCACACUCUCCAAAAUGUGAACAUCCAGAAAAAAGCAGCACAGACCCGAGCAAGUGGUUGCAGCCAGCUUCUAAACCACUUUACAAAUUGGAUAAAACAUUAGUGAACAAAAGGCUCCUGAAGGAUGUCGAGAAGUUGAGUCCCCAUCAUCAGACUUCUUCCUUGGAGGCAUUUCACAGUGUAAUCUUACGUUUUGCUCCAAAGAACGUUGUCUUUCCU